UGUUUCCAACUUUAAACAUUUUCAUUUUCAAUCCAAUGAGCAUUUGUAUUUUUAUAUGUAGGUUCAUUGUGUGUCCUUGUUGAAUUGUUUUGUUGAUGAUGGAAAGAAUAAUAACUGAUAAAGACACUGUUACAGCUUUGCGAAAGUUGCAAAAGAAAGAUUCUGAAGUGAUACAAUAUGUCUCAAGACGACUUCGUGUAUGGGUUCAAACUGAACAACACAAGGCCAUAAGACCAUAUUACCAUUUUGCAGUAUGUCUAUAUCCAAGUGGCCAAGUAAUAGGCUACGAGUUGUGUAAAACUCCAAAUGAGAAGCCAAGUGGGAAGCAGGUCUUGGAUUUUCUGUGUCGCAUCUUGCUCCAACCACCAAAUGGAGAAGAAGCUCAUAGACCUGGAACUAUUAGUUUUACCGAUCAAGAGUUGGAAACACAGCUUGCCAACGAGCUGUUUAGCUAUGGUAUUCGAACGCAAGUGUUGCAGCCUGCUGAAGGAUUGGAGAAUCUAGUGAAAGCAGUUUCAGAGUCUCUGAUCAAGAGAGAACUCGCGACUAGAACUAAUGCAAGUGAAAGACCUGGAUUGUUAUCCAAGCAAGGAGUUGACUUGUCUUUGGUCCAGUCAUUCUUUACAGUAGCAUUUCAGUUGAGACAGAAAGGUCCUUGGUAUGAGUUUUCAGAAAGUCAAGUUUAUGGUAUUAGACUUCUUGAUCGCUUUCGUUUUGUUGUCAUACUAGGAAGCAGUGAAAAUGUUUUUGGUAUUGCAGUUAGCAGCUCGUUGAGUCAUUUUCGGAAAAAGUAUUGUCAGGCCAUGGGUAUGAAUUGGUUAUCUUCCUCGUCUUCCGAGGUCUUUUGUACAUUUUGUGGAGCACAACAAUUAUUGUAUACCUAUCGAUGUUCACAAUGUAAAAUUGCUCAUUAUUGCAAUGAAAAGUGUCAAAAGAACGAUUGGCCUGUGCAUAAACAAGAAUGUCAAAGUAGCACAAUGAGAGAGCGUGAAAAUGAUAUUGUGAGGCCAUAUUUGAAAAGAAAAGAAAUGACUUUAAUUUAUUGUGCUGAAACAGCGGUACCUUUUGAUGACUUGGACUUACAAUCCCAGUAUUGCUGUCCACUCUAUCCAAAUGAAGAUAAUUUUCCUGUAGCAUUUGUCAUGAUCGACAAUGGAGAGACUGUUCUAGAUAGGCCAACUAAAGAAGAGCUGCAAUGGCUUAUAAGACUUUGUGAGGUUUUAGUAGAUAGUUGUGGAAAACCAGUUUCGGUACUAAAUGAGGAUUCUAUAAUUCAAAACGACAAAAUGAUAUAUGUGGAAACUCUAGGCAGCCAUCCUUCGACAGCCACACAAUUGAGUGGUCCAAAGGAAAUGGAAGCCAAGGAUUAGACGAGAAAUGGAUGUGAAUUUCAAUGCUUACCACGUUUGGCUGUUUG